AUGCUCCAUGAAUUCUGGAGAAAUGAAUUGGCGGAAGAUGCGGAGGAUAUAGAUGAACGAAGAAUGCUCCAACUAUAUGAGCAGCAACAAACGGUACGUCAAAGAGCUCAAACUUCUUCCGAUAGAACACAGAGGAGAAGGUAUUUGAAUCGGGAUCGUGAAGUUGGACAUGCUCGUCUUUUCAAUGUCUACUUUUCUGAUAAUCCGAAGGUUGAUGCAGUGGGGAAAAAAGGUUUGUCACCACUUCAGAAAUGCACAGCGGCUAUUCGUCAAUUGGCGUAUGGAGUCUCUGCUGAUCAUUAUGAUGAGUAUCUACGGAUUGCUGAAACAACUACCAUCCAAUGUUUAUUCAACUUUUGUCGAUGUAGGCAUGGUUUCCCUAGCAUGUUGGACAGUCUUAAUUGUAUGCAUUGGCAAUGGAAAAAUUGCCCCGUGGCUUGGAAAGGGUCACGCAAUGAUAUUAAUGUGCUUAACGAAUCACCGUUAUUCAAUGAUGUCUUACAAGGGAAUGCACCCGAGGAUCCCAAGAGAAAAAUAUUUAAGGAACGACAGGAGGCCGCGAGAAAGGAUGUCGAGAGGGCAUUUGGGGUGCUCCAAUCACGAUGGGCAAUGAUAAAAGGUUCAGGAUGA